AUGAAGUGGAUUUCAUGGUCAAUAAUUGCGCUGGGAUUUCUGUGUGCAAACUGUAUUGAUAAUAGCACGGCUGGUACCGUGGCAAACGCUAAGUCAUCUGCGUUCGUCUCAGCAGCAUCUUCUUCGUCAUCCCUAUCGUCGUCUACCAGCUCUACCUUGACGAACUAUUUGUGGACAGCCACCCAGAGGGACGGAUUGAACUCAAGCGGUACACAGGGAGACUUUGAAGCCGAUAAGGUGGUGGAAUUUCUACGUUAUGUUGACAGGGUACAGGAGAACAUUGAUAACUGCACACGGGGAACAGGAGUGCGUUUACCGGAUGGGGAGUACAACACAGACAGGUUCCGAUCGCAGGCGUUACAAGCUGUCGAUCGGGCCAAUUUUUUGACACGCAUUUGGCGAAACAGUGCUUUAAAAGCAGUCCACGAAUCGCAAGAAUUCUUUUACGUCGCUGUCAGAUCUCUACUUGAAAGUGAUGAUAUUCUCUUCGCGGCAGGUAAUUGCUAUGAUUAUAAGGAGUUUAAAGAUUUUGAGCAGUUUUGUCCGUACGCAUACCGCGAUACAAGUGAACAUAUACACGUCAAAGAUCUGUCUAUAGAGUAUAAGUAUCUUACCAAUGACUCAGAGUGGUUUUUCAUGGCAAAAGCUAAAGCCGAAGAAUUGUUGCAACAUUACAACAAGACGGAAGGUACAACAACUUUACGUCAUAAUGCUACAUCAGUGGCAGAAACAGCGUAUGAUGAAAGUAUAAUAAUUAACUAUGAAAACGGUCACUGGAGCCUGCCGUAUUUUGACUGUGGUGGUGGCAAUAUAUGGAUGAUGACUUACACAGUGCCUUUCCUGGGCUAUAAAAACAAUACAUAUUUUUUCAAAGGUACAAGCGGCAUAGACAUAGACCUGCGUGACGUGGACAUCAAUCAGUGCCCGGAAAACAAUGAAACGGUUAUUAAUUCUAAAACUACCCAGCUGAUGCACAAAGAACGAAGAAACGUAUUCGCUGGAUCGGACAAGUGUCCAAGGGACAGUACUGAUUGUAAAUUUAUUCCUGGGCUUGGGUUUCGUCGCGGGUCCUACAUGUGUGUUUGCAAGAAAGGCUACUACUUUCCGGAUAUAGGUGUAGAGAAUCGUUUCUACAAUGGCACAGAAGUAGAACAAGAACAUGAUAAAUAUUUACUGGACAAAGAAAAUACGUGGAAGAAAAUUGGAUGUAUACCUUGUGGGAAAGGGUGCGAGGAAUGCUCUGAUGGCCGACCAUGUGUGCUCACUCAUGAUUGGACGAUGCGAACGUCUAUACUGAUUGUACAGUGUACGGUUAUUAGCUGCACUACCGUGUUGCUAUGGUUUACUGUCAGAUUCAGUGCUGUUAAGGUGGUGAAAGCUGCUAGUCCAGCACUGCUCAGAAUCAUUCUUCUUGGGUCAUUGAUUUUAUACAGUCCGAUAUUGAUCAGCUACUCGGAGCCUAGUGACAUAACAUGCGCCAUGAUACCAUGGUUCAAUGAAGUGGGGUUUGCAAUCGAUCCCGCCAAUCCUGAUCUACGAUAUAUUAUUUUAUUUGUACAUAGUCAGCUAACAACAACAGUCGUACUUGGAUUGUUGUUUGGCAGUAAGAUGUAUUUGGUGUAUAAAUAUCAAGGUAAGGGAGGAAAGCAUGACUCCUGUUCGUCCAAACGAACUUUAGCUGUAGGUCGAACUUGCGACAAGUGCCAUAAGAGUUAUAUAGGAGAGUGCCAUGUUGAUGCAGUGAAAAAAUUACAACCACGUGAGCCAACGAUGGAUAGAUGCGAUGUCGAGGAUGAAUUCCAGAGACUUUAUGCGCAGCUGGAACGACUUAAGACAUUGAACAUGGCGACCGGUAAUCCGCAUCUUGGAGAAACUAUCGCUGCGAUGACAGACGCCGCCUUGGCGACAACGUCUUACAUAUCGGCGGGAGAAGAAGUCGCCAAUAUUAUACGAGAGAAAUCCUUACAGGUACGACAAGAGAAUGGACUCCAGACGCAUACAGAAGAAGAGUGGUUAUGA